CCCAAAAAGCUCGUCAUCAUGACUACCGACGCCCUCUACCUGGAUGACGCCACCCUCACCACCACAACCACCACCAUCACCUCCUACCGCCCCAUCGCCGCCCUCAGCGACCCCGAAAAGACCCUCGCCAAGAACAUCCCGCUAGAAAACCACUAUGCCCUCACCACCCGCCAAACCGUCUUCUACCCGCAAGGCGGCGGCCAACCGAGCGACACCGGCGUGAUCCUGCUCCCAGGCAGCAACGAUGACGAGACAAACCCAUACACCUUCGAAGUCCUCCUCGUCCGCAAGACCCCGGACGGCGAAAUCCUGCACUUCGGGCACUUCACCACCCCGGACUUCCCCCUCUCGCUCGCCUCCAACGCCCUCGCCACGCAGACCAUCAACGCGGUCACCCGCAACUACCACUCCCGGCUCCACACCGCGGGCCACAUCAUCGGGCUCGCGAUGCGCCUGCUGACCCCGGAACUCGGGGAGCGGAAGAAGGUGAAAGCCAACCACGCGCCGCGCGAGGCGUGCAUGGAGUUCGAGGGACUGCUGUACAACGAGCACCGCCCGCUGAUCGAGGGGAAGGUGAACGAGCUGGUGCAGCGGGCGUUACCGGUACACAUCUCUUGGUGGGAGGAGCGGGAGAUCGCGACCAAAGAGCUGAAUAUGGUGGAGGGGUUACAGGUCGGGCAGGGCGGGAAAGUGCGCAUCGCGGAGAUCGCGGAUUUGGAUGCAAACCCCUGUGGGGGCACGCAUGUGGCGCAUACGGGGUUGACGGGGUAUAUUACUAUCCGGAAGGUGAGUCGGCAGAAGGGGGUGACCAAGUUGUCGUAUGAGGUGCCGGUGGAGGUUUAGUUGGGGUGAUUAGAGUGGUGGUUAUAGAUGUGGGUUGGAGAUUUCACAUGUAUAGAGUUG